UAGUGAAAAAUUAAAGAGUGGUAUCCCUGAGAAAACCAAGCAUUUAAAUUUUUAUCGACUGUGUUUAUCGACGGAAAUUGUUUUGAAAACAUGAUAACUGUUGCACAUUUCUAAUAAUUUGCAAAUCCUUGUGGUAAAGGGCAGAAAUUUUUGCCGAGAAAAUUUAUAUAUUUUCCACAUAAUUUAUAGAAAAAGUGAAAGUGUAUCGAAAAGCUGCUGAUCAACGGAGUCUCACUUUUUGCUACACCUACCGGUUUUGUUGCGUGUGGUUGUGAGCCCAUUGGUAAGGGAAAAUGAGUGCUGCUCUAGGAAAGACGGCGCCCGCUGCUGCGAACACAACAACAGCUGCUCAAUUGCUAAGUUCAGCACCCAGUGCGGCUGAGAAAAAUAAACAAUGGCAGCGUGAAUUGCUUAUGGAGCGUAUACGUACCCGUUCGACUCAACACAAAACUUUUGCUGAACUAUCCAAGGCUAUGCGUAUGUCAUUGCUAGAAAAGCGUUACGCACUCGACGCUGUAGAAAAGGCUAAUUUGCAAAAAUGUCUGGAUAGUAUGCAACAUUGUAUUAAAGUAACAUCCAGGCAAGGUUUAGUCGAACGUUUGGAGAGCUUAUCACGCCAGCUUGGUCUUAAGUUCAUGGAGGAUACCUCAGGUCUAUUCAUUUCCACAGACAUGUUCUUUUUGGAAAUAAUUUUGGAUGCAAAUGGUGCAUUGACUGAUGUAAAAGUACAUCAUGAAUGCAAAAUAGAACAGCAAUCUUGCAGUGAAUUAGUGAAUUGCUUAAAUCGAGGUGAUUUUGCGGACUUUACCGUACAAUUGGAAGGUUUAUCCUCCAUUUACCAAUUGAAUGCUGAGCCAAAAGUUAAGACAAAAGCUUUUGUUGCUUUACAAGCUAUGGAAACAGAUCUUUAUAAUCUCUUUCAAAUGCAAAAUUUUACAAAAGACUCUCAACAACUAAUUAAAGCAUCUUCAGUCGGUUUAGUAUUGAAACGACGCGGAGGUCAUCCUAUGAAACUCAUCUACUUCAUCUCACCUUAUGACCUUAUUUCGUUGGAUACAAAAACAGUGGAACCACUUACAACCGAAUUAUUAACUAGCAAAGAUAUUGGUUUCAGUGUUACAGUAAAUUUGGAAGCCUCUUCAGCAAAUAAAUUACAAAUUUUGCCUAUUGUCAGCGUAGCUAAUGAUCCACAAACAGGUUCCGAAAUGCCAAUAUAUGCGCCGCUGAAUCAGCAAAACUCUAUGCUCUUGCCAGCUACAUUUGUAUUGCGUUUAAAUAAACCAUUGCCUGUUUGUCACGCUAAUUUGAGAUCUUUGGGCUUGCCGCUAGGUGCCGCAGCUGAUGGAAGUGGGCUAGAAUCUACGGAUAAAAAGGAGGUCAGCGUUUCGUCGAUUAUGAAUUUAGUAGUACAAACGGCAUCUGAACAACAGCUAAAAAACUCUCAGAAGGGUUUAUUUGUAAAUUUACCUGAUCAGACUCAUUGCUACUUCUUCACGGAGAAUAAACAAUUGCAGGCUACUUUGGUGACAUCCAUACCUUUUACGGAGCCUAUGCAAGUGCCAAAAAUUUUAGAUUUUUUAAAGCGUCAAGCGCUCUUUUAUACACUUUUGGCAAGUUGUGUGCGCACACAAUCCAAAAUGGGCAAUGACAUGGAUUCUACGACAAUACUAGAAGUGAAUGCCAUCUCUUUCCAACAAAUCAGCGUCUCACUUCAACAUACUUACGAGGAAUCUAUGGCUACGCUAGAGUUUGACCUUCGCGAUGGCAAUGUAAAAUGUACACUCUUCUCGCUCACGCACAACUAUGAUCUGCUAUCGUUGAAACUUACAAAAAUUGUUGAGAAAUGUCUAUCCAUACCUGUGACCAUACGUGCGCUACUCAAAUACUGGGAUCAGGAAACCAUGAAAUUAUUUCAACGCAGUAUUAGUGGGGGUGUUGGUGGUGGUAUGGGUGGUUUGAGUGGUGCUGGUCCAUCGACAGGCGCCUACGGAAACUUCAACAUGAGCAUGGGGCCAAAUGAUGUAGGUGGUGGUGGUGUAGGAGGCGUGGGCAUGCGUGGUGGUGGCGGCGGCCCAAUCAAAAUGGAGCCAAAUGCACGCCAACAACAAUUGCCUAAUAUGGCUUCGGCAACAAACACGUUGAGUGGUGUUAGUGCUGGUGGAAUGGCUGGUAGUGGUGGUGCAUCAGCCACAGCAGCUAAUGCCAAUGCGUCCGGCAUUGCAGGGUUUCUUCAAUACAAAACUGAAAUAAAACAAGAGGAUUUUCAUGAUAGCCCAAAGAGUCAAAUGCAAAAUAACUUACCAUUUAAUGCUGCUGAUAGUAGCUCUUUGGGCGGCAUGCAUCAGCUACAACAAACACAGCAACAGCAGCAGCAGCAGCAGCAACAACAACUGUCCUCAACUUCGCCACACGACCAACAUGCUAUUGGCAAACAAUCGGAAAUUGAAAUAGCCGACAAGUAUAAGAACAUAUGGAUGGAUAAAACCAAUUUAAAAAAUUGUGUAAGUAUAACACCCAUAUCGCCCGAAAGUAACAGUAGAGGCGCUAUACAACAACAGGGCGUCGAAGUUAAACGGUCUGUGGGUAUAGAAAUUAUACCGUUAACGUCUGCAAAUGGCGCUAACACUAGCGGCACCAUCACCACCAUGGCAGCGGGUACGCCAGUGACGCAAACCGGUGUCAAUAACCCCUCCACCAUCACUAUAACACCCAUUAAUGCUACGGGCAAAGAUAAGAAAUCCAGUAAUAGCAACGCAGUGGUGGGCGGUGGCAGCGGAUUAAAUACAAACACUAGCGCCAACAUGUCAACGGUCUCUAAUAAACGUCCACUGGACGUACCGUCCCCUAGCGAUGCACAGAAAGAGAAAAAACGCAAAAAGAAACGCGACGAUUCACCAAUGGGUCCACCCGAAAAAGUUUAUUCUCGUCAAAAUUCACCCGCGGCUACUAGCGAAACGGCAGCCACAGUGGCAGCACGUAAAUUCUCAUCACCCUCCUCAUCACCAAAAGGUGGCAGUAGCAGUGGCAUGCUGGGCAGCGGUAGCGUUGGCACUGCUGGUAAUGCAGCGCUGCUCUCAACACGUCCCAGCCCAAAGCAUUCGCCUGUCUACAGCAGCCCGAAGCAUUCGAAUACGGCAUCGAACAGCCCGAAGUCGCCAUUCGGCACGCACUCGCCAAAGCAUGGCUCAUCGGGCAAGCCCAGUAUGUCUACGUUAAAAAGUGCCACAGCAACCAGUCUCAGUCCGAAAGGCGACAAAGGCGGUUGUGGCAGCGCUAGUGGCUUGGUGGGCAAUACCGUUGGUCUAUCAGCGGCCGCCGCAGCUGGUGUGGCAGCCGCAAAUGCGGUGAAAACUGCAAUGGGUUUAGGCGGUAGCGUUAGUGCCGGCGGCAGUGCUGUGGGCAUGCAGCAAAUGAAAUCGAUGAACCAUUUAGCUGCGCCACAGGCUAUGAACACAGCCGGUGUUGGUGGUACCGGUGGAAGUGGCGCCGCCGCCUAUGGAGGUGGCGUUGGCAAUAUGUCUAGUAUGGGCAGCGGUGGCCUGGGCGGUGUUGGUCAGUUGCUGAGCGGCAACGGUGCGGGCGGUGGCAUGGAUAUGAAUGCAGCUGCAGUGGCGGCAUCACAGGCGGCAGCUAUGCGCAAAGCGGUUAGCAGCGCGGUUAGUUCGACGGCGUUAACGAUGUCAGUCGCGCCAACAACAGCAACAACAAUAGCAACACCAGCACAGCCGGUAGCGCCACUGUCGGGGCAGCAACACUCGCCGCCGCCGGACAUUGGCAACAGUGAGUCGACCAGUAUGGUGGGUGAUGGCGAUGGUGAUGUUGGUGUUGGUAGACGUGCCGAAUCAACCCAAUCAUACAAUAGUUCUAGCGAAUAUAUGGUGAAAACGAGUCAAGAGGGCUUAAAGCUGACCAUUAACAAGACGAGCAGCGGUGGUGGCAAGUCAUCUAGUAACAUCAGCAGCAGCAGUAGCAGCAGCGACGGAACUAGUACGUCUUCUUCCACAACAACCACAACGACAGCAGCAUGGAAGGGUACAAAAGCGACGGGCUCCAGCAAGAAAUUGAGUACAGGCCUUAAGCCGGGUGUUAGUAGUGGACCGGCUUCAAGGAAAUUAACGUCAAGUGGAAAGUUGUCAUCGAAAAAAGGCAGCACUGCAAAGUAUCCAUUUCAAAAGUCAAUUUCAUCAGGUAGCUUAUCAACAAAAUCAACAUCCGACUCAGCAGGCGGUUUGACAAAAAGCUAUAGUACAAAUACUUUCGUCGAAUUAAACGCCAGCGGCCAGUCAACGUCGUCACGUAAGUCGUCCAAAAAAGGAUCGUCCUCGUCCUUGUCGUCUUCAUCUUCACACAGUUCCACAGCCACUACUUCAACCACGCCAGCCACACGCUUGGAUCAUCAAGCGGAUAUGUUGAAAAUACUACAUUAUGCAUCACCCGCCAUGGCUGCGAAUAUGGAGCAAUUCAUCAAGGGUAUCAAUAGUAAAUUUCAAAUACCAAAAUUAUCACAACGCGCCGCAAACCUCUCGAAUGGCACACGAUCCGCACCCUCAACGCCGACUGUACUUUCGCCAGCGCUGACUAAUGUUGGUGGCAGCAAUGCGGCCGGCUCGACGAGAGCCGACAACCAGGGCAGUGAAGUCCUACAAAUGCCAACGAAUGCAUCCGCUUCGAUGCACUUAAAUGCAAAUUAUCAUUUACAACAGAAAGCCGAAAACGUACAAAUGCAAUAUGCGAAUUAUAGUCAACAACAGCAGAGCCAACAGCAGCAACAGCAACAGCAACAGCAGGCUAACUUAUCGGUUGAUUACCACCAUCAAGCUAACGCGCACCCUCAACAAAUGCUGGAUGAGUCAUCGUCGGCGUUUGUGUCCAGCUCGAUUACGUCAACGUCGACUGGACACGUCGGUAAAUGACAUUAUAUGCUAGUUUUUUGUUGUUAAUUAUUUUUUUUUUUUUUUAGAAAUUAUUUUUAUUAUCUACGAAAGUAGCUCCAUCGUUUAUGAAAAUGCGCAAACUUACGUGUAAAUCUGGUUUGCAUACCAAGAGAUCCAAAAAGCGCAAGAUGUAAUCUCUGAACCGUCAGCACAGAGCUAUAAUAAAUUGCCUGAUAGCUUAGACUUUAGGUUAGGCGCAGCAUUCGUCAUACGUGACCACUUUUUCCCAAGUAAGACACUCUCCGACCUCUUAUGGCGUUCGAUUUUAGCCCGCCCAUUUUCAUUGGCGGCUUGGUUGUUGUCCAAUCAUGAGGUGAAAGAAUUUCCAAAGCUUUCAGCUUAUCAGCACUACACCCUGAGCGGUAUGCAACUUAGCUUUGAGUUGGGGCAUUAGAGGUGGCUUAAAGAGUGGUAUACCCCAUGUAGUUGAAAGCCUUCCCAUAUAGCUGCCUUCUGCUCUGUAUUCUGUCAUUAUUUUUUUGAAUUUGCGUUACAAGGCUUUUGAGUUUAUUCUUCCAAAAGUCCAUAACAGGUGCUGUCUAACGCAUUUCUUUAUAAAAAUAUUUUUUUAGUGAAAACAUUCAUCCGCCUUGCCGCGGAAUUCUUUCUAAAAAACCAAAAAUGUCAUAAAUAAAAUAAAAAUAAUUUUUACAG